GAGAGUCACACACGCCGAGCAGAGCGGGAGCGCUAGAGCUGCGUUCAAGUCUUCACUUUAACUUCUCAUUCAUCGGAGAGGGAGAGUUUAAUAUAUUUUUUUUAUCCAUCAGGAGAAACUGUGCUGAGAGAGCAGCGGCGCGCUUGACUGAUUUUUAUUUCCAAGUGUUUAUUGAUGAUCAGCAGCUUUGGCGUGCACCGUCGGCCCGCAUGGUAGUCGACCUCCACCUGCCCAUUGUCCGAGGAAAGAUCAUUGGGCUCUCCGGUUCAUGUGAGGCGCAAGAGGACACCGUUUGCAUGAAACUGUGGCUAGAUAAGAACAGUGGAUGCAGCAACGCUCCAUCUGUGGAAGAAACGUGGAAGAGUGGGAGAAAGCCUGAAAAGGACCAAUCGGCCAUCUUCAACUGCACCUCAGCUGCUUCCAGCCCGUCCUCCAAAACCGUCCAAAAGUCCAGCCUGAGACACACCAUGUCUCUCAGCACCUUCCACCUCAUGCAGACCCUUAAAAACUCUCCUGCUGCGCUACGUCGCCGCUUCCGCCGCGACCGCACCGAGUCAUUAUCCCAUGGUGACCCGCUCUUCAAGGUCCACUACCUGGGCACAGAGAAAAUCUUCUCUCUGGAUCGAGAGCAAGCCCAGGACGCUAUCGUGCGCUUACUGGAGGGAGCCGCUAAGGGGAAGAAGCUGAGUAAAGAUCAUGCUCUGGUGGUGCGCCCGAGGUAUGUUGAGGUCAAGGAACUGAGUACGGGUCGGCAGCUCACCAAGACAUACCUGCAGGACAUUGCGUACUGUGCCGCCGAUGCCAACCGACCCAACGUCUUUCUGUACAUCUGCAAACAUCACGGGCAGCAGCUGCAGUGCCGGGUUUUCUGGUGCAGCCGGGCAGAGCGGGCACGAGACAUGACGGCUUGCCUGGCUCAUUCCUUCCAGAGGGCGCUGAGUGACUGGCAAGACGGAUCAGCAACCCUCAACCCACCCGACAUGAAGGGGAAGUGGGCAGAGGAGUCGACCAACUCGCCUUCAACAGCAAAGAGCUGCACGCUGCCUGCCAGUCUGGGAAAAGUUCGCUGGAAGAAGAGGGGCUCGAUGUCCCGUAGCCCCCUCAGGGCCAUCACCAGAAGAGGAUCUGCUUCCGACAGCUGGAAUUGAGCCCCCGCACCAACCCUUCAAACAAGGGACCGCAUACACCUGACGAGAACCUCAAGGAUCACAGCACUGACGGAUUACAAGAGGGAAGGACAGACGGAUGAAACGGGGGAGGGCGAGAUUCCAUGUUUGGACAUACGUUUCCGUAAUCACUGACUUCUGUGGGCUUGAGAUUCUUUAAAGACGCGACGUUAUCUGUUGAGUUUUGCGAGGGUAGCACACAAUGCAUGUGGCUGAUAGCACAAGCUGCUGUUGACAGCCGCCAUUGUUCACUUGUCAACAGCUAUGAGCAGACUUGAGUGGCUGCACACACUGUUUGAAGGCGGGACUGGUUCAUUUCCAAAGCCAUAAUGGAUGGCCUGUUUUCAUGGAAGAGUCUGCUUAAUACUCCAGGCCACCAAGAGUUCGGUCUUUUGAAAUAGACAAGUGACUUGGAAACCAACCAUGAUACCAUCAAGAACCACAGCCGUUGUCAAAAUGAUUAACCGGCCACAGCCAGAACUGGAUAGACAGUGAGACAGCUGUUUUUGAAAGCAUAUUGUAAUUGACAUUUAUGAAGAGUCACGUAUUUUAGUUUUUUUUUUUUUUUUUUUUAAACCCUGUGGCACUAGUAAGCACCUUUCUGUUCUUGUGUACUACAUUUUUUUUAAUUAGAUGGAUAAAGCUGUUUUUGAAUUUAACCUAAAUCGUGCCAGAUACUUGUCUUGGCCAAACUCACAAAUAUUUCAAGAUUCACGGAAAAUGGCUGGUGUUCUUUUUGGCAUGUCUUACGAAGGCAAAGAUAUCGCUUUGUGUUUUGUUUGAGCUUGAACAGCUUUAGUUCCCGAUGCACAGAAAUGCAGCUGAAUGCAGUGUUAACGUUACUUCUUUUUGAGCACUUUCUUAAUCACCUCAUUGUUUUCCAUCUUUAGUUUCCUAGAUAUUUUGUCAAACGUUCCAUCACAGUUAAACAGUUCAUACAAAAUCUUGAAUCAUGAGUUUUAUCUUUAUUACUACGUGUUAGGAGUUCACCGGCGUCCAUGAAUUUUUCGAUAGGCCCGGCAGGCCCUGCGUCAUUCAUACCCAGACCCUGAUGGAACUGGCAGGGUGGACUAAAUCUUCCCUCAUAAACUGGAGCUACGGGAGCAUCCUGUGAAAAACCAGUCCUCUGAGUGAUGGCCAAAGUGAUAAAAUAUUUGCAUUUAUAUGGAAAAUCGCUCAGGCAUGUCGUGCGUGUGUGUGAGCGCUGGAACACUGGGAACACUGUGUUCCCAUGUGGAGCCUCUGUUUGGAAUGUUCGGCCAUGCACCUGCAUUCUGAUUGGGGGAAAUCUGAGAUCUAGAAUCUUCUUAAAGCCCCAAUUCAUCCCUUUUGACUUGGACUUUGCAUGUUUAGGAUUAUUAGCGUGUGCCGGCACACACAUGCCUGUAUUCUCCCUCUCACUCACACACACACACACACACACACACAUAAAAUCACUUCCUCUAACACUUUACCUCGCUAAUAAAUGCUGCCAUGUGCUCCAGUCUCGGAGCCCCUAACAAGGUCACAUUACCAACGCUAUAGAAAGUGCCCCAAUUCUUCAAGUACAUUAUACGUGACCGCAUUGCAUAACACGGUCUCAUGAUAGCGAAUGAUGUCUGAGGUUUACAAAUGUUACAAAGAGAGACUAAAGGAUUAGUGGUACACCCGCAGGCUGCCAUCCACCUCUCCUUGCUGCUUUACUAUUUCUGGCCAAAACCAAGCUAGGACUGUCACCUUGUUUUACAGGAAAGGUGCCUGCUUUUCUUGACUGAUGUGUCACUGGGUUUUUUUUUAAUUUGUUUUUAAAGUUCAUUUUAAAAUCGUGUACUCGUGAUGUAUCUCAAACUACAAAUGGCACAAGCCCCCAUUCUCAGCAAAGGGUUAAGGUGCCUGCUUUAAAACUUAUUUUAUUAUCCAUGUACUGUUUUAUGUCGUUGUGUACAUAUUUAAAUAUGUAUUAUGAAUUAAUAAACUUUUUAUACAUUUUU